AUGCUCAUCACGCUGGCACUAACGCUGAUCGCCCUCUACUUGUUGUACAAGUGGGCUCAUCCAAAACCCAUAUCCAAGAUCCCUUACAAUGCCGCCGCUUUGAACAGUCUCUUUGGUGAUUUACCAGCCAUGGUUCGAGACACAAAAGCCCACGACCAAACUCACAUGGACUGGAUUGUCCAACAAAUGAGGAAUCUCGACUCUCCCAUUAUUCAACUAUUUCUCAGUCCUCUGCAACGUCCCACUGUCAUUCUCGCCGACUUUCGCGAAACGCAGGACAUCAUGCUUCGCCGCAAGGAGUUUGAUCGAUCAACCAACAUUCGCGGUCUUCUGGAGGAUGUUAUUCCUGACCAUCACAUUUAUCAGCAAACGAAUUCUGUCUUUCGGACGCACCGCAAGCUUGUGCAAGAUGUUAUGUUACCAUCUUUCAUUCGGGAGGUUGCCGGCCCUGCGUUCCAUGGAAAUAUCAUGAGACUCAUACAACUAUGGGAGGUGAAAAGUUCGAUUGCCAAUGGAUCUCCCUUUUGUGCAACAUUGGAUAUCCAGGGCGCUGUUUUGGAUGCUGUUUACAGCUUCGCGUUUGGAGAGAACUACAAGUCCAGUACUACGCUGCCCAACAUCGCCCUUCUCGAGAGCUGGAGGAAGCAGGGCAACCGCAAGCUGACUGGGAACGAUGGACCUUUCAUCUUUCCCGAAGUCGUCUUUGACGAACUCAUUAACGCAACAAUCGAUCUAGCCAAGGCACCACAAGGACUUCAAGGUUCUCCAAUCGCCAAAUGGAUGGCAAAGAUCAAGAUGAAUUUGUCACAUUUCAGGAAGGUUAGAAAGAUCAGGGACGAGUUUCUGAUCCGGAGCCUCCAGUCUUCUGUUUCCAAGAUUGAGAGCGAUGAGAAGUUCGAGGUUACCUCGGCGGUAGAGCAAAUGGUAUUGCGCGAGACUGCGCUUGCAGAGUCCGAAGGCCGCAGUCCAAAUUAUUACUCAUCUAUGAUGCAAGGAGAGCUAUUCGGACUGAUCCUCGGAGGUUUUGACACAACUAGCACUACCACACUUUGGGGAUUGAAGUUUCUCACCGACAACCCCAGUGUCCAGCAGCGCCUUCGGGAAAUCCUGCAAUCUUCAUUCGCCGAGGCAAAGGUCGAAAACCGCUGUCCUUCUUUCCGGGAACUAGCGGCUGCUCGUAUUCCCUACCUCGAAGCAGUGAUUGAAGAAAUUCUCCGAUGCGCUGGAGCCACUCCCGCCCUUCAACGUGUGUCAACGGUAGACACACAGAUCCUGGGCUACCAUAUCCCUAAGGGCACCGACGUACUUUUCCUCACUCAUGGACCCAGCGUAUGGCGUCCUGGCUUUGCCGUUGAUGAGAGCAAGCGAAGCCAGACUUGUCAAACUGCCGGGGAGAAGAAGGAUCAGAGUUGGGAGGCUAUUAAUAUUGCUCUUUUCAAGCCUGAGAGAUGGUUAGUAACAAAGACCCUGUCUGCUGAGGAUAUGGAGGAGUUCGAGGAGUUCGAUGGGACAGCUGGACCGACACUGGCUUUCGGCUUGGGAACGCGAGGUUGUUUCGGCAGAAGACUGGGAUACCAGCAGUUGAAAACAUCCAUUGCGAUGUUGGUUUGGAACUUUGAGCUCCUGCCUUGUCCUUCGCAACUUUCCAGUUACCGCACUGUUGAAGGUCUGACUAGCAUGCCGGAACAUUCAUACAUCAGGCUCGCGAAGGUGGAUCUUGAAACACCCGAGUAG